UACUCGACAAGACCAGGAUGACUACCGGACGCUCGUGGUCGGAGGACUUUACCAGCAUGUACCAUGACCCGCGCCCGCACGACAUGGCUCACCGGUCGUGGUCCGUCUGCGACGACUACACGCCGUAUGCGCCCACCGAGGUCACAGCGUCGCCGUCGUCGUCGUCGUCGGACUCGGCCGAAGCCGGCGCGAUCACGUACCCGCAGGCCACCAACAUGGCCCACAAGUGCGGCUACCGCACGGGCAAGUGCUUCAACCUCCGCGCGCAGAAGCGCAACGGCAAGGACCACAAGCUCUGCGACUUCCACCGCGAGAAGGCGAACCUCAACCAGAAGAAGCUCGACCGCAAGAAGCGCCUGCGCCGGUUCUCGCCGUACGACGAGAAGCCCGCGCCGCUGAGCCUCCCGAGCCUCCUCGAGGAGGACAAGGUCGAGGACGACGACGAGCUCACGGCGUCGUCGCCGACGCGCAUCGAUGACGCGCCGCUCGUGCUCGGGUUCGACGAGGUCGAGUUCUUUUGCCACGUCAUGACACCCGAGAUGCGCCACCAGACACCGAAGGCCGAGCCCGCGCCACUCUCGCUCGACACCACGUGCCGGAGCAGCGACGAUGCGACGUCGUCGGCCCUCGACAUGCUCUUCAAGUCGGAAAUCAUGUUUUUCGUCGAUCAAAUGUAACUUGUACGGGCUGCGACUAAGCUCACCUCACUAAAAAGUGUAAUAAUAUUUAAUGCAAUGUAGCUCUGCGCUACAUAUUGAC